CUUUGAUACCAUGCUCUUGAUAUUUAUGACGGUGGAUGAUUAGUUGGUGAUAGGUGUGGAUCGUUAUUGAUAAAUGGUAGGGGUUUUGGGACUUGGUCACUUACGAAAUCUGGGCGGGUAACCUAACUUAACCUCUGGCAUGCUCGAGUGUUACCUGAUGUCACGCUAGCUGGUCGUGCUUCGUGGUGUCAACGUGGUGUUUGGAGCAGGUGGAAUUUUUUGGCAUUCGAGCUGUAAUGUACGGAUAAUGGGAAAUGAACAUUUAAUGCGGAGCCUGGAGAGUCUGGAAUAAAAGACACCUUGAAUACGUUCCGGAAAGCGAAGAAUACGUUAAAUAUGAAGCGGAAAACGGAAAAGGAGAAUGCCAUUGAGGAAGGGAGAACGGAUGCAAACAAUGGCAAUGAACUACCUAAUAUCCAAGGAGACGAAAAAAAUAUAGCUCUUCUCCUCUUCCUGUACUUCUUACAAGGCAUACCUUUAGGAUUAUGUGGGUCUAUAACGAUGAUACUCCAGAAUCGAGGUAUCUCUUAUCGGCAACAGGCAGAAUUUAGCUUCGUAUACUGGCCAUUCUCAUUGAAGCUUCUGUGGGCACCGAUAGUGGAUUCGUUGUACUCUCAGAGAUUUGGACGACGGAAAACAUGGCUAAUUCCUGUCCAGUACCUUAUGGGUACGUUUAUGCUCUUUCUAUCAGGGCACGUCGAGUAUUGGUUGGGGGACGACCACGAGAAACCUAACAUAGGAUUAUUCACUAUGUUAUUUCUUGCCUUAAACGUUCUUGCCGCUACCCAGGAUAUUAUCGUUGAUGGCUGGUCCCUCACAAUGCUCAGAAGAUGCAACGUGGGUUAUGCAUCCACGUGCAACAGCGUGGGUCAGACUGCAGGAUACUUUAUUGGAUACGUCUUCUUUAUGGCUUUAGAGUCGCCUGAAUUUUGUAAUGCCUAUUUAAGAUCGGAACCCUCGGCAAAGGGAAUUAUCACAUUGCCAGGGUUUUUGCACUUCUGGGGGUGGAUAUUUAUUAUUACAACAACCCUGGUGGCGAUAUUGAAAAGCGAAAAGAUUAAGAAAAAGGACGAAUAUCGAGACCUGGAUAAUGGCGUUAAACAUGCGUACAAAGUUUUAUGGGAUAUAAUUAAAUUACCGAAUAUAAAAAUCGCCAUCCUGGUAUUCUUAACUGCCAAGGUUGGAUUUUCUGCAUGUGAUGCAGUGACAGGUUUAAAAAUGAUUGAUGCUGGAAUACCGAAGGAAAAGUUUGCAUUAAUGGCGGUGCCCAUGAUACCAUUGCAAAUAGUUUUACCACUUUUCAUUUCGAAAUACACUACCGGUCUAAGACCAAUGGACAUCUACUUGAAAGCCAUACCCUACAGGUUGGCUUUUGGACUACUCGCAGCAUUCCUGGUGUGGAUCACACCAUCGAUAAUAGUAAAAGGAGAAAUUCCUGUAUUCUACUUUAUAAUUUUAACAAUUAUCUACAUGACUCACCAGAUUUGUUUAAGCAGCAUGUUCGUAGCAACGAUGGCUUUCUUUGCCAAGAUCAGUGAUCCGGCAAUCGGGGGUACGUACAUGACUUUUUUAAACACUUUGUCGAAUCUUGGUGCCAACUGGCCAGCGACAGCUGCACUUUGGUUCGUCGAUGCCUUAACAUUUAAAAGAUGCAACGUCGAUGCAACGAAUGACUGCAGCACAACCGCGAGGCAAGAGGAGUGUGUCAGUAAAGACGGAGGAGUUUGCGAUAUCUAUCUGGAUGGGUACUACAUAGAGAGCAUUAUUUGCGUAAUUAUUGGCUUUCUAUGGUUUCGCUGGGGCCGAAGGAAAAUCGACUACUUGCAGAAGGUGCAGUUCUCGACCUGGCAGGUCGUUGGCACGCGUCUCAAGAGUUAACGACGUGCAUUUAAUUUUUAUCGGACCGUUACGACUCUCUUGCGAUCAAUGGGGAAUCGGGAAAUUAUUUACUGCACCCUGAAAGGGUGCACAAUUUCCUCGCGGUGCUCCUUGAAUGCAUAAUCUCCGAUCUCGAGAUUGUUUGCUUGAACUCAUUCGCUCUGCCUUCCCAUUGAUCCUGCGAUCCUAGCUCUAAUUAAAAUUAUACAUUUAUUAAGUUAUUAGCACAGUAAAACUGUUCUUCUAACACGCAAGAAGCGCACCCUCUUUAUACGGAAUUUCGAAACGUUCUGUGAUACCCUGAUUUCUUAAGGCAGAAAGUAUUUCUGUCGCGAAUUUCAGAGCGUAUUUAUAUCAACAAAUGAGCUUUCCUCGUACGUGACAAACUGCGAAGGCUCUCAGAGGAAAGAAAACGACACGUCAUUUGCAUAAUUUUUGUUAUAAACCGAGUGUACACUUAACAGAUCGUUCAUAUAUUUUGUAUAAACAGGAUGCACAUUUUGCAUUAAACAACCAAUGGAAUAUCUGCAUUUCGGGUGUGCGUUACGUAAAGGUUGUACGUAGAAAAUAUAGAUACGAACGUUUUCCCCUGUAGGGUGCAGCGGGGAAAUGGAAAACAGUUUUUCUUCCGGUAAUGUGCGAGUGUUUCGGGUGUGUUUGUAGACUCGAAAACGUUAGAUUUAAUUUCCACUUGUGGAAGUCACUCACGAUAUAGGAUUGGUACUUAAAGACAUCAUUUACGUCGUGUCUGUACAUGUAAAGACUCGCGGACUCAGGAGUGCCGUUUUGCUAAAGCGAUACCGGGACUGGACGUGCGUUUAUUUGUCAACCAUUAAUUAGAGUAAGAGGAAAGGAAUGUAACAUUUUAAUAGUCGAACAGUUUUCCGAA